UUGUAGUCACUAGAGUAAUUUAAAGCUGCCAGCCAAAUUGUGUGAGGAGAAUUUUUGGCUACCAUUCACAGACUUUUAGUCCAAUUUAGGUACCAUCUUAGAUCAUGGCUCCCAACAACCCACUGAACACAUGGGGGAACGAGAAAACGAUGAACCUGAAUCCAUUAAUUCUAACAAACAUCCAGGCAUCACCAUACUUCAAAGUUAACUUGUACGAGUUAAAAACCUACCAUGAGGUCAUUGAUGAAAUUUACUACAAGGUGGAUCAUUUAGAACCAUGGGAAAAAGGAAGUAGGAAGACAGCUGGACAGACAGGGAUGUGUGGAGGGGUAAGAGGAGUAGGUGCAGGUGGAAUAGUUUCGAGUGCAUACUGUCUACUGUACAAAUUGUACACACUGAAACUAACACGCAAACAGCUGAUGGGAUUAAUUACCCACAAGGAUUCACCAUAUAUUCGGGGCCUGGGAUUCAUGUACAUCAGAUACUGCCAGGACCCAAAGGAGAUGUGGGACUGGUACGAGCCUUACCUGGAUGAUGAGGAGGAAAUAGAUGUGAAAGCGGGAGGUGGACACAAAAUGACAAUUGGGGAGGUACUCCGCCAGUGGAUGGUAAAACUGGAAUGGUACUGCACACUGUUUCCCAGGAUUCCUGUCCCUGUGCAGAAGGACAUCAUGCAAAAAUUGAAGGAGAGGCCACCCCAGGCUCCCACCUAUGAGGAGGAGGAGGAAGAGGAACAGGAGGACCACAGGAGGCCGAGGCACAUUCCUGAUGGGGAAGUCUCAUUUGGUGAAGCUGAAAGAAAUCUUCAUCGCAGAAAUAGAUCACCUGACUACAGACAUACACCUCCAAGACGAACUCCCCCCAGAAGAAGGUCAAGGUCCCCUCGAAGGCAUCGAUCUAGAUCACCUGUCCGAGCAAGAUCAAGGUCCCCUAGAAGACAUCGAUCUAGGUCACCCUAUAGACGAAGAAGCCCACCAAGAUAUUCACAGUCUAGAAGAAGGUCACGGUCACCUAGGCGGUCAAGGUCACCUCGGAAUGAUUUUGCCAGGGAGCUUGAGAGAGAGCGUCGCAGACAGGAGAGAGAUAAAAGAAAUGACAGAUCAAGGAGUAGGGAAAGGCAGAGGAGCCACAGAUCAAGAAGCAAAGAAAGACCUAAGCAUCGUUCAAGAAGCAAAGAAAGGUCACAGCAUCAGUCACGGUCCAGGAGCAAAGAAAGAAUACAGGCAAGGUCACAGCGAUCAAGGUCAGGAUCCAGAGAGAAAAAGAAAAAGAAAGAAAAAAAGCACAAGCAUAGAUCCAAGUCCAAAGAGCAUAAUUCUAAGCAUAAAUCACACUCGAAACAUCAUAGGGAUAUUGAUGAAGCCUCACCAGACAGAGAGAAAGUUGAUACAAGGAAUGAUUCCUAAUCUGGUCUGGUUGGAGUAGCUAUAAAUGGAUGCCUUAAACUUUUUAGCUCACCUGAGCCGAAGGCUCAAGUGAGCUUUUCUGAUCACAUUUUGUCCGUCGUCCGUCCGUCUGUCAGUCCGUCCGUCCGUCUGUAAACUUUUCACAUUUUUGACUUCUUCUCAAGAACCACUGGGCCAAUUUUGACCAAACUUGAUACAAAGCAUCCUUGGGUGAAGGGGAAUUUAAAUUGUUUAAAUGAAGGGCCAAGUCCCCUCACAAGGGGAGAUAAUCAAGAGAAGACAAAAAUAGGGUGGGGUCAUUAAAAAAUCUUCUUCUCAAGAACCACAGGGCCAGUAAAGCUGAAACUUAUAUGGAAGCAUCCUGGGGUAGUGUAGAUUCUAAAUUAUUCAAAUCAUGACCCCUGGGGGUAGGGCGGGGCCACAAUGUGGAAUCAAUGUUUUACAUAGAAAUAUAUAGAAAAAAAUCUUUAAAAAUCUUCUCAAGAACCAUUGGGCCAGAAAAGCUGAAACUAAUGUGGAAGCAUCUAGGGGUAGUGUAGAUUCUAAAUUGUUAAAAUCCUGACCCCAGGGGGUAGGGCGGGGCCACAAUGGGGAAUCCAAGUUUUACAUUGAAAUAUAUAGAAAAAAUCUUUAAAAAUCUUCUUCUCAAGAACCACUGGGCCAGAAAAGCUGAAACUAAUGUGGAAGCAUCUUGGGUUAGUGUAGAUUCUAAAUUGUUAAAAUCAUGACCCCCAUGGGGUAGGGCGGGGCCACAAUAGGGAAUCCAAGUUUUACAUUGAAAUAUAUAGAAACAAUCUUUAAAAAUCUUCUUCUCAAGAACCACAGGGCCAGAAAAGCUGAAACUAAUGUAGAAGUAUCCUGGGGUAGUGUAGAUAUAAAUUGUUAAAAGCAUGGCCCCCAGGGGUAGGGUGGGGCCACAAUAGGGAAUCCAAGUUUUACAUUGAAAUAUAUAGAAAAAAUCUUUAAAAAUCUUCUUCUCAAGAACCACUGGGCCAGAAAAGCUGAAACUAAUGUAGAAGUAUCCUGGGGUAGUGUAGAUUCUAAAAUGUUAAAAUCAUGACCCCUGGGAUAGGAUGGGACCACAAUAGGUGUAUUACAUGGGGGAAAGUCUGGUGAAGAACAGCAGGGCCAAAGUUACUCAGGUGAGCGUUGUGGCCCAUGGGCCUCUUGUUUUCACUGUGGUCUCAUAUUCUUUACAUGUGCAUUGUAUAUCAUAUAAAAAAGACAAAGAAGGGAUCAAAACUGUGUAAUACAUUUUCAUGUGUGCUUGUCAUUUUUCUUCAUCAUGUUAAAAAAAUUUACUCGAUUAGUAUUAUUCGCAGAUGUGUAUAGUUCAGUUUAAGAGUGGAUCUUAAAGGUAUCAUUUCAGUGUUUGAUGUUGGAGAAAAAAAGUGUUUCUCUUAUUAUCCCAAGGUACCACUCAAAUUUUAAUUAAAAACGAAUGUCAUUUUCUUAUUUCAUGUUAUCAAAUGGUAGAUAUUGCAAAUAUCUUGAUUUCUGUUGAGAUUUUUUACUAUUUUAAGCAUGAAGUGUGCUGCAGCUGUAUGUGGCAAUGUCCGAUAUAAUAAAUAUUAACAUGUUUUUUCUCAAAUAUCUGUUGGUCAUACAUGAGUUCAACAUUUAAAAAUAUUGUUUUGUUUGAAACAGUUUACAAGGUUUCAUAUGUGCCGAUACAGGGAGUUCAUUUUAUUGUGAAUCAUUAUAGAUUUUAGAUGGAUAUGUUUUUUUUUUAAAAAUAAAAGCAUUCAGAAAGUUAA